CUCUGUAAACAUUGACCGACCUUCCUUUUCCUUGCUCCACCGCGCCUCAUGCUACGAAUCUACCAGGUUUUGAGUUGGUGAAUUAGUAAAGGGAGCUAUCAUGUAUCCGGCUCAAGAUAACCAGCGACGACCUCUAAGAAAUAUUGCGCGCAGUUCAAUGGAAGCCCUCGAGAUGAUGAAAAAUGCUGCAAAAGAUUCUCUACACGCCUUGAAAAUCAAGAUCCAGAGGGUACUCAUGCAAAUUCUGAUGAGGUUUAUAAGGCCAACGGACACAUACCUUUACCUACCUGAGCUUUCACACCAUGCGGUAGUCGUUGCAUUUCUGAGUUCUGUCGUUUUUAUCGUGUUGGACUAUAUUAGUAGUAUUCUUAACGACGGCGACAACAUUCAUCAUGUGUGGUGGUCUCUACACCUCUGUUUGUUUGGAUUCUUCUAUUUCUUUAUGCACCCUUGGGUUCAAUUCUUUUCCCAGCCGUUGAUAGGGAAACCGAGCUAUGCAAGUUUCAAUACGUGGUAUGUCUCCUGGCUUUUAAUAGCAACUGUUGAUCAUUCAAUGGGAGAAUCCAUGAGAAUGAAUCUGUCUUUAUUUUUGACAAUUUUUGCCCUUUCUAUUCUAUGUCUUCUUCUCUUCCACACUAUUUUUUAUGGCUUUCGCUACAUUUUCUCACGUGAGGUUCGAAAGUCAUGGCCAGAGAUAUACUGGAAGAUACUCCAACUUUCGGCUGUUGUUAGUAUAGCCUGCUGCAUUUUUCUAAGUAAAUGUAAAGAAAGACCGCGUGGACCAAGAACUUAUACAGACCAAGUCUGCUCAUAUUUGAUUGUGCUGGGCGUUGGCUCUGAGAUCAGGGACCAUCAUUAUCCCAAGUUUUUUAGCGGUGUGUUGCUGGCCAAGGUUUCAACGGACGAAAUGCUUGCUUUGUACUCGUUAUGGGCCACAUUUAUAGGCCUUUACAUUGCUAAUUGUAUAGCGGAGAGGUUACCAGCGUCAGGUGAAGAAUAUGAGAAGAUCAAUAAAAUAAUGAAACCGGAUUUUUUAGAUAUGGUUCCCUGGUAUUCAGGAACAUCAGUUGAUCUCUACAAAACAGUUUUUAACAUCAUCGUAUCAGUAAAUUUCUUUCUAGGUCGUUUUGACGUACGUGUAUUGCAGGCUGCAGCAAUGAACGGAGUAGGAGGAGUGCCAAAGAAUAGAAGGAACGGUCAAGAUGAUGAUGGAGAUUUUGAAUAUGGACGUCAUAGUGAAAAGAAAGAACUAUGGUUUGACUUCAUGGCCGAUACUGGUGAUGGUGGAAACUCAACUUAUACAGUGGCACGGCUACUUGCUCAGCCCUCUAUUGAUUUGGAAGAUAGUGAACUUGGUAAACUUACCUUAAGUCGUGGAGACUUGCUACUCAUUGGAGGGGAUAUCGCGUAUCCUAAUCCAUCAAAAUUCACGUACGAAAGUCGUCUCUUUCGCCCUUUUGAGUAUGCCUUGCAGCCACGAUCUUCUGCAGAACAAGCACGUAUGACUGUGGACAAGCCUAAGGCGCCUCCGGAGGUGUCUAAAUCAUUGAAGCGGGGAAGAAAAAAAUCCAAGAAGCACCGCCAAAAACAAGUGAAGCAUGAAGAGCCUGAAUGUUUUCUUAUUCCUGGAAACCAUGAUUGGUUUGAUGGACUUCACACCUUUAUGGGGUAUAUAUGUCAUACGAGCUGGUUGGGCGGGUGGUUUAUGCCACAAAGGAAGAGUUAUUUUUCUUUGAAACUCCCUAAAGGAUGGUGGGUGUUUGGUCUUGAUCUUGCACUCCAUGGUGAUAUCGAUGUGUACCAAUUUGAAUUUUUCUCAAAACUAGCCAGAGAAAAGGUUGGCGAGAGAGACUCUGUGAUUGUAAUGACGCACCAACCAGAUUGGCUUCUUGAUUGGUACGAGAAUGGUGAGCAUAAGCCCAAUAUUUCAUACCUAAUACGCAAUGUUCUGAAGAGAAGGUGUAGGCUUCGGAUUGCUGGGGACAUACAUCACUACAUGCGGCACGAAAGAGUCAACUCUGGUGGUGGGUCAGAUGAGCCUGGUUAUGCACAACAUCUACUUGUAAAUGGCUGUGGUGGGGCAUUCUUGCAUCCUACCCAUGUGUUUCGCAAUUUCAGUAAAUCUCAUGGAGUUUCCUAUCAGUGCAAACAGGCUUAUCCUACUUUCGAAAAGUCAAGAAAGCUUGCGUGGAAAAAUAUUUCGAACUUUCGGAAGCAGAACUGGCGAUUUGAUUUUAUUGGUGGCGUUUUAUACUUUAUAUUGGUCUUCUCGAUGUUCCCGCAGUGUGAGCUUGGUACGGUGUGGAGUGCUUUCAUGUACAUGGUGCAUCACUCAUAUGUGUCUCUGGGUGGUUCAGUGCUAUUUCUAAUGGCAGCAAUUGCAUUUGCACCCUCAGAAAGGUCAUGGACGAUAAGGAUUGUGAUCGGGUUUUGUCACUUCUCCGCCCACUUGGUCGUAGCUCUCAUUCUUAUGUUGGUGUUCGAACUGGGUGUUGAGACGUUUGUCCGGAUCGGAAUAUUGGAGACUUCAGAAUAUCACUCUCUCUAUCGAUCACUAGAAAGUAUGCUCAUUCAACCUGCCUCAAAUGGCAAUCGGACUAGUUUAGAACAAUGGACAUUCGGCCUUUAUCCUGCCUGUAUCAAGUAUGUCAUGUCUGCAUUUGAUGUGCCAGAGCUCAUAGCUGUCACGAGGAGGAAUAUAUGUGAGAAUGGGAUGGAGUCUCUAUCUCGAGUGGCUGCCAUUGCUUAUUAUGUUUCUGUCUUCCUUUAUUUCUGGGUCUUGUCCACCCCAGCAGUUUCCUUGGUGUUUGGAUGCUACCUAUACAUCUGCGUCAACUGGUUUAACUUACACUAUGACGAAGCCUUCUCCUCUCUAAGGAUUGCUAACUACAAGGCUUUCACUCGAUUUCACAUCAAACCAAAUGGUGAUCUUGAAGUUUUCACCCUUGCAGUUGAUGAGGUACCAGAGGACUGGGAGCUGGAUCCUCAAUGGAAACAUGAAUCAGAGGAGUUGAGUGAGCGCAGAGAGUUUGGAGACCAGGACUCGACGGAGUUGAGCUACCGCAGAGUGUUUCCCAGCAUAUGGAGGGCAACUGCUCCGUAUCAGGACCCCUUAGCAUCUGUGCAUAUUAUUGAUCACUUCUUCAUUCGACAGCAAGAUAGGCCCAACCACUAA